AUGAGUGAUGCCGAAGAUCAGACACUAUGGUAUCAUACUCUUCCGCGAGAUACAAAUCUCGCGAGAAUCAAGGAAAACGCAAGCAACAUUCUAUGUUCUCCACGAGCCUUCAAGUACACGGAGGGUGAACUCCUCGCACAUGUUCGACAGCUUGACGAUGAGCUUGAAGAAUGGCGCUUAUCAAUCAGUUCAAGCUAUCGACCGCGGUUAUCCAUCUCAUCAGAUUUGGUGUUCGGAGUCCCUGCAUCUCUGAGUGUGAGAGAUCGGAUGAAGGAGAGGACAUAUUUCAUAAACCUGCAGCUCGAUUACCUCUUCACCAUCAUCAACAUCCACACCCUAGUUCGAAAAUGUGGCGAUUUCGAGGAGAAUCUUCCAGAUGAUCUCCAUAGCGUAGUUGAAUCCAGCGCUGAUCUUUCCAUCGAGGCGAGUCGUUCCAUCUUCCGAAUCCUGGACCAAAUAGUGGAACUCUGGGAAGAAGACGCGUUGUGGAUGGUAUCGCACUAUGCGCCUAUGGCUGCGAUGCCACUUUUCAUGAACAUUCUUAUUCACCCGCUUGGUUCUUCGGCGGAUGAUGAUCUGCAUAUCUUAUCGUCGAUAAGCAAAAUCACACGGAAAAUUCCUUCUGAUAGGCUUCCGAUGGAGGAGAUUGAGCAUAUUCAGGAAAUUAGUGAGUUUGUUAUGGAGCUUGUGCGAUUAAGUCACAGUGCGGCUUGGAAGGUCAAACGGGGAGAGAGAGAGCCUGAUCUUGAUAUCAUUCAUACAUAG